CAUCAUUGGAUGAGAUGGCUAACAAGUGGUUAGCAGCGGUUAGCUGGUGUUUCGCUUCCUUUUUAGCGUAGUUCAUGUGUAACAAGUUAAGUGUUUUGACGUUUCCAGACGGAAUGAUUUGGGUGAGACGCAUAAUUGUGAACAUUAUCGUAUUUCUUACGGAUCUAUGUAAAGUUGUCGCCACUUAAGGGUUCAUAUUAUAUGUAAGCUUAGUUAGCUAACUAGUAGCAAGCCUAAGACACUACGCUGUAUUUAUCUGCUUGGGAUGAAUGUAUUGAUAAUUUUCUUUUUGGGAGUUAAAGGGAAAAAUAACAUAAAUACGUAAUUGCGGGACAACAAUAGAGCAAUAACAUGCCAGUUAAAGUCUUAAAAACUGAUGUAACUCUCGUUUGAGCAUCCAGCGAUAGAUGAACGAUAAAUACUAAGUCUGGAAAGUCACAUGCACAGCUGUGCUUAUCUUUCAACUAUGCCGGAUGACUCGUCUUCUGUUUCCACCAGAGAGUUAAAAAAGUUAAACAAAAUGGCUUGACCGUGCACUCAGUUUGUAGGUAAGUGUAGAAGCGAUUUUGAACAAUUGAAUUGUUAGUUUUUUUGAACUGUUUGCCAUGGCAAGUGCCUUAGCAGCAAAAAUGGGAUUUAACUCGCUGAUGAGAAAACAAGCGAAGACCUUCAACGUCAGGAUCUCCACAAUGGAGUCGGACCUGGAGUUUAGCUGCGAGGUCAAGUGGAAAGGAAAAGACCUUUUUGACUUGGUGUGCCGAACUCUUGGACUGAGAGAGACAUGGUUCUUUGGUCUCCGGUAUAACAUCAAGGACACAGUUGCGUGGCUUAAAAUGGACAAAAAGGUUCUAGAUCAGGAGGUGCCAAAAGAAGAACCCAUCACCUUUCACUUCCUGGCCAAGUUUUACCCUGAAAAUGCAGAGGAGGAGCUAGUGCAAGAUAUCACACAACAUCUCUUCUUUCUACAAGUGAAAAAGAAGAUCCUUGAGGAAGAUAUUCAUUGUCCCCCUGAGGCGUCUGUGCUGUUGGCCUCCUAUGCUGUCCACGCUGAGUAUGGAGAUUAUGACCCUGCUGUUCACAAGCCUGGCUUCUUGGCUGAGGAGGAACUGCUGCCAAAGAGGGUGAUUAACUUGUACCAGAUGACUCCAGAAAUGUGGGAGGAAAGGAUCACAGCAUGUUAUGCGGAGCACAGGGGUAGGACUAGGGAUGAAGCUGAGAUGGAGUAUUUAAAAAUAGCUCAGGACCUGGACAUGUAUGGCGUGAAUUACUUUUUAAUCAGGAAUAAAAAGGGAACAGAUCUUCUUCUGGGAGUAGAUGCCCUGGGGCUGCACAUAUACGAGCCAGACAACAAGCUGACACCCAAGUGCUCCUUUCCUUGGAAUGAGAUUCGCAAUAUCUCAUACAGCGACAAAGAGUUUACAAUCAAACCUCUGGAUAAGAAAGCCAAUGUUUUCAAGUUCAACUCUUCACGGCUAAGAGUCAACAAGCUGAUCCUCCAGCUAUGCAUUGGGAACCAUGACCUGUUUAUGCGCCGGCGGCGGGUGGACUCGCUUGAAGUACAGCAGAUGAAGGCUCAGGCCAGAGAAGAGAGGGCAAGAAAACAGGUAGAAAGACAACGUCUGCAAAGGGAGAAACAGCUGCGGGAGGAGGCGGAGAGAGCCAGGGACGAAUUGGAAAGGAGACUAAUUCAGCUGCAGGAUGAAGCUCACAUGGCCAAUGAGGCACUGCUGCGUUCGGAGCAGACGGCGGACCUGCUGGCUGAAAAGGCCCAGAUCGCAGAGGAGGAGGCCAAGCUGCUGGCCCAGAAAGCCGCCGAGGCUGAGACAGAGAUGCAGCGUAUCAAAGUGACUGCCAUCCGUGGCCAGGAAGAGCGGCGACUCAUGGAACAGAAGAUGCUGGAGGCAAAGAUGGUAGCCCUCAAGAUGGCAGAGGAGUCAGAAAGGAGGGCCAAGGAGGCUGAGCAGCUGAAACAGGACCUGCUGGAAGCCAGGGAUUCUGAGCGCAGAGCAAAAAACAAGCUGCUGGAGAUUACCAGCAAGGCUGUCUAUAUGUCCCCAGGACUGGCACCUGACAGCAUGCCUCAAGAUGUCAGCUUCAGUAGAGAGAACCUCAGUUUUGACUUUAAAGAUACUGACAUGAAACGUCUAUCCAUGGAGAUCGAGAAGGAGAAGGUUGAGUACAUGGAGAAGAGCAAGCACCUGCAGGAACAGCUGAAUGAGCUGAAGACCGAGAUUGAAAGUCUGAAGCUGAAAGAGAGGGAGACUCCUCUAGACAUCAUUCACAAUCAGAACACAGAACAGGGGACCAGCAAGCACAGCAACUUUAAAAAGCUUACACUACAGAGCACCAAGUCCAGGGUUGCCUUCUUUGAGGAACUUUAAACAACAGAGCUGCAGAGAUGAGGAUGAACAACUGCCAAGAACCUCUUCUAUAUGCACUCCUGGUCAGUUGAAAAGACAGAUCACCCUGCAAGGCUUUAUGGUUUUCUUCCUCCUAAAAAACACUGUGGACAAAAAAACUAAACAAAAAAAAUGCCCACUACCUUAAUCUGCACCAAAUCUUGGUGCCUUGCGUAUGCACAAAUAAGAAUGCAUGCCUGUUCCUGCACUAAAUCUUAAAUUCAUUCUUAAAAUGAGUGCUUGUUUACAGUGAGAGUGUGUUUCAUACAGCACAAGCUCCAGGAAUGUUUUGAAGUGAACUUGUGUGUGGGAUUUGUUAUUCUCAGAGAAUAAGCAUUGACAGUAAAAAAGGGAGUGAAAGUGUACUGUUCCUUUUCCACUCUGAUGUGAGUCUGAUGCGGUUAUAUUUGUGGUGCUUAAAUUGGUUAUUAUAUCUUGCCCAGCUCUGUAUUGUCCGAUUGCAGAGCUGUUUCACAAUUCAAGAAGAAAUUAACGUAAACAGAUCUGAGCAAGAGAGGUGAUGAUUAUAUAUCAAUCCCACUUUGAAGCAAAUGUUUAAUAUUUAGUGUUGUAAACAACAACUGAUCUUAAACUUCCCGCUGCUUCAACACUGACCAUUUGUUAUAGUCAACUUUACUGAUAAUCCCGAUGGAUUCUGCCUUUGAAAUUGAAUGUUUGACCAUUAAAUACUGGUCAUUUAGGGAGCCAUUUUUAUUUUAUGAUCUGUGGUUUCUUUUUCUCAACACUAAAAUGUAUCUUUAUGACCAGGAAUUUGCCUUAGCUGUGUUGUGUGAGCAGUGUUUGUCUCAGAAAGCAUGACCAUGUGUUAAUCAUGAGGCCUCAAUACCUACAUAUAUGUAUUGUCUACAUAGAGAUGUCACGCUACAUAUCUCUAGCUGCCUUGAGCAUAUAGUUAUUGUGUCCUUACAUAAUGCGCCGGGUGCACUGUGUUAUAGUCUUGAAAAUGAGGAAAUGGUCAUUUUUACUAGGUGGUUCUUGGAAUUUAAACUGGAUCAAGGAAGUGUAUUGCCUUAGAUGUGAGCUUUUGUCACAUCUGAGAUCCAUCUCAGCUUUUUAUUUUAUUUUCUGUUUUUUGGGUUUAUUUUUUUUACUUUUUUGUGACCACAACCACUUUUUUAAAAACAUAAAUUAGCAUCUAUUUUGAAUUAAUGUGUCUUUUUGAAUUAAUGUGUUCUUUCCCACUGAAAGCAAUUUAUUCUGGAGAAUUAUAAUGUGACAAAUAUAUAUAUAUAUAUAUA